GCGCGGCGCCGGGGCGCAGAGCGCGCGGGGCGCCGAGCGGAGCGCAGCGGAGCGGGCUGAGGCAGCGCGGCCGGGCCUCCUGACACCUCCUCCUCCUCGGUGCCGUGCCUCGCCCUCCCGGGGUGGCCCUGUCACUGUGAAGGUUCACCAUGUCUGACAGAAAGGCUGUGAUCAAGAAUGCGGACAUGUCCGAGGACAUGCAGCAGGAUGCUGUAGACUGUGCUACACAGGCCAUGGAGAAGUACAACAUAGAAAAGGACAUUGCAGCAUAUAUCAAGAAGGAAUUUGACAAGAAAUACAACCCAACUUGGCAUUGCAUUGUUGGCAGAAACUUUGGCAGCUAUGUAACACACGAGACAAAGCACUUCAUCUAUUUUUACUUGGGUCAGGUUGCAAUUCUUCUCUUCAAGUCUGGAUAGGAAGUAGGAGCGAUUGAAAUUUGGACUGUAAUGCACUGAUGGCUGAAGCCACGACUCCCUCUAACAUGGCUAUGCCGCUGCAUGGACUGUAUACUAUAUUUAAUGUGUAUAUGUUGCAGUAAAAAUCUACUUCUGUUUAGUUGCCUGGGAAGAAGGCGGCAUUUUUUUGUUACUGCUUUUUUUGGUUGUAUUGCACUAGGAAACCUGUAAAUGCUUAAACAAUGGCCUUUACGUGGGAAGAAAUAAAACUAUUCCACAACAGCUCCCUCACUGGUAACUCCUUCUUUGAGGCUGGGAAAACUUUUUUUGGGCAGGCCAAAAGCCCCAGACUUCCUUACUGAGUCCUGUUAGACUGUUAAUCUUGCAAAGAGGAGCAAAGCCAGUGUGAGCCUCUGUCCCACCCUGCAGACUGUAGAGAGCUGGCUCUCCCAGUACCCUCGGGGCAGGUCUUAGACCUUCCCUGGAAGCUGGUGGGGUGGCUCUGGGUGACGUGGCUUCCACACCCAAGGUGAUCUCCACCUUUGACUGUGAUACAGGCUUGCAGCUGGCACCCUCGGUGUUCUUGCUCAGUGCCCUUUGCUGUAUUUUUGGCUCUGCUGAAACAUUGACCUAGACUUGAUAAGUGACUCAGUGUGGUCUAGAAGGCUUCAAAACCAGCCCCUGAGUUCCUGCUUGUUGCAGAAAGCAGCAAUCCUGUGGCUGAAGUCUGUAGACCUUGAUACUGAGUCUAAAGCCACGUGGCCCGGCCCCACAAUGGAGUAGGAUAUCAAAUUGGUGACUACUGACAACAGCUCUAUUGGCAUGUUUGUAGCCAGUUGUCUCAACACUGCCUUAACUUGAUGCUCUCCUUAAAGCAAGCUAGUCGUGUGGAAGACUUGUAAGUGGCCACUGUCUCUUUUAUUUUAUUUUUUUUCUUUGAUUUUAUUUUCUGUAGCUAAUAAGCUAUUUCCGGAGGGUUGUCCUCCAUGUUCUGAUAUCUGCUUU